AUGGUUCCUGCACAACCAAUGAUGGAUAUCAAACCAGAUUGUAAACUGCAAGAUUCUACUAAUGUUGUGAUUGAUAGAGAGAACAAAAAUGUCCAGGAAACAUCAGAUGGUCUGGGUUUAAGGUGCAUGAAUGACUGUGAGGAAACUAUUAAUGGGGUAAACACUCUGUUGGAUGAAAAAGCUACAGCUCCAAAGGACCUUGAGAAUGUUGAAGUUGAUAUAGUUGCAUGUACAAAAAUUAAUGAGACCAGGUCAGGUGAGGAGGAAGACCCUGAUGCAACUGAAUAUUCAAGCUCAUUUGCCGACACUAAUUCUGGUACUGAGAAAUGUUCUGGACUAAGUGAAGCUGAAGUGGAAUCACAAUUUUUUGGCGACAGUGAUUUGGCAUCCCCAUUCGAUGCAUUUGGUAGCAUCUUUCAAACAAGGAAGAAGAAGUUAACAAACCACUGGAGGAGUUUUGUUCGUCCUCUAAUGUGGCGCUGCAAAUGGACGGAAUUGAAACUCAAAGAGUUUGAGUCUCAAGCAUCAAAAUAUGCCAGAGAAAUUGCAGCAUGUGAACAGAGGAAACAUUCAGGAAUUUACCAAUCUACAUUUGAAGGUUUUUGUUCAAAGUCCCUGCCAUUUUCAAAUGAAUGUUAUAGAAGAAAGGCCGUAAAGAGGAGGAAACGCAAGAGAGUUGAAGACACAACUGGCGCAGCAUCAUACAUGACCAAUCAUAAUCUUUUUUCUUAUCUGGAAAACAAGAAAUCCAAUCCAGAGGGCUCUUCUAUGGUUGAAGAUUUUAGCAAUACAGCAAUCACAGACCAACAUGCUGGUGGCAAUGAUAAAUCUGGCAUUGACAAUGACGAAAUGUUUAUUGAGUUUGGAGAUGGUGAUAAAUCCUUGGAGCAGGUCCUUCGGAAAAUUGAAAUAGUGCAUUCUCGGGUUCACAAGCUGAAGAAUGAACUUGACAUGGUGAUAUCAAAGAAUGCCUCCAAGUUUUCAUCCUCGGAGAAUUUGAGCCUCCUUGCAGCAUGUGAUGCACAGACUAGCUCUGCUCCUAGUCCUACAUCUGCUGGCAAUGGGGAAACAAUAUCAGUAGGAGCUAUUUAUCCUGCAACUCAGAAUAUUCCUGGAUAUGAUAUUGGAGAUCCGGUUAUGCCUGAAAGUGCCAUGUCUGGUUUUGGUGAGGCUGUUCAUGUGCCCGAUAUUAUUGAAAGCACAGUGGGACUGUUGUCUGCUGCUGACGUUACCUUCCACCAGCCACAAAUCGGAGAUUUAAGUGAAGAUAUUGUGGAUAAUGUCCUGAUACACAACCAAGCAGUUGAUGGAGAUAGAGACACUUCCAUAGCGACAAAUGUUCAACUCAUUGAAAAGCAUCAUGAACCAGAGAGAGGCGAAGAAGGAGAAAGCAUCAUCCCUUUUCUAAUUCCAAAAUCAGAACCUGAUCCAACAGAAAAAAACGUGGGGUCUCAGGGGCAACCAGUUCUCAAAUCAUGUUUGGCCUCUGAUCUCCAAAUUCCCAGAAACAAGAGAAAGCGAGGGGAACGGAAAGCUGGUUCAGGUGGUUGGAACAAGCAAUGCUCAGGUGAGCCUGAUAGCCAGUGA